AUGUCAAAAAGGGGCGUAGAGAUCGGAAAAAAUCUGGUUUGUAAAGUAGGAGCCGGCGAUAAAACGAUGUUUUGGAUAGAUGUGUGGAGUGGGGAGAUUCCGUUUCGCGAAAGGUUUCCAUUGCUUUAUGAUCUUGCAAAAAACAAAAGAGCUAAAGUAGUAGAUCACUAUAAGCGAUUAAAUGAUGGCAUCUUAUGGGAGUGGGCAUGGUUGAGGGUUCCGAAUACAGAAGCUGAAAAUCAUCAAGCUGAAGGACUAUUAGCAGUUUUGAACGUAACAACAGUAUCGGCAGGGAGUGACAAUUGGAUCUGGAAAGGUAAAGAAAAUGAAGAGUUUGCGGUAAAAAGUAUAAGGAAUACAUUAUCAAGGAAUCUAAACUUAAAUGAACCAACGGACAACUAUUUUUGGAAUAACUGGGCCGCUAAAAAAUGUAGUACGUUCGCCUGGAGAGCGUUAAAAGGAAGAAUACCGACGGCGACACAACUUAGACAAAGAGGAGUGCCGAUUCCUUCGGAUAGAUGCAGACUUUGUGAUCAGGAGGAAGAAAUGCCAAAUCAUGCUCUUGUAAAAUGUAGAGAAGCAAAUGGAGUAUGGGAACAAAUCGGCUGUUGGGUCAAGGCAGAAACAAUUACACAACAGGAAACUCUUGGUGAGAUGUUUGAUGCACUAGAAGACUACAACUGGCCUAAGAAAAAAAAGAAGAUGGUGCAUGCAAUUUUACUGUUGACAACUUGGGUUAUAUGGAAGAAUCGAAAUGAAAAGAUAUUUAGAGGAAAAAGUGGAGAAAUAUUUAAGAUGGUUGAAGAAAUAAAAGAGGAAUCGUUCCAAUGGAUGAAGCAUAAAUCAAAGCUUCUUGCUGUGAACCUUUUGGUUUGA